CUACUAUUUAAAACUUUGCCAUCUCUGUCUCUUGGUCGCAUUUUGAUUCAGACAUUUUGUCUCAUAGCUUAUCUCCUCAUUCCCUAUUAUUUUGUAGUAACAAUUCAUCAACUAAACAAAUAACAGAGAUUUGUUUUGCUUGGGAAAUCAAUACAAGUCACAUGAAGAAUUCGAUCAACCUCAACUGCAACAAAAAAUCCUGGUUUGGUUUCGUUUUCUGCUUCAUUUUAUGGUUUCUGUUGCUUUGUUUCGUCUGUUCAGCUUCAUUUUCAGGCAACAAAAACAACAAUAGGCUCACCUUCAUUGCCAACUAUGCAAAUUCAUUCAUCUUUCAAGACUCCACAUCUCAUUCUAUCUCCGAGAAUGAGGAAAACAGAGUUGCUGAUAGCAAGGAUGGAGUUAAACAGGUUGAGAACACAACUCAACUGGUCUCCAAACAUGUUUUGGAUUCAUGCUCAGGUCGAUAUAUCUAUGUUCAUGAUCUUCCUAGCAGAUUCAACACAGACAUUCUAAAGAAUUGUUCAUCACUAAUCAAAUGGUUUGAUAUUUGCAAGUACAUAUCAAACAUGGGUCUCGGUCCUCGUGCUGCGGAUUUUCAUGGGAUUUUCCAAAACAAUAUCAGUUGGUUUGAAACAAACCAGUUUUUAUUGGAAGUGAUUUUCCACAACAGAAUGAACAACUACAAAUGCUUAACCAACAAUUCAUCUUUGGCUUCAAUCAUUUAUGUACCAUUCUACGCUGGCCUUGACAUCGGUCGAUACCUUUGGGGUUUCAAUACUUCAAUAAGAGAUUCAGCACCCAUUGAAUUAGCCAAAUGGGUUUCUGAGAAGCCUGAGUGGAAAUCUAUGGGUGGAAGAGAUCAUUUCUUUGUUGUAGGAAGGGUUACUUGGGAUUUUAGGAGACAAACCGACAACGAUUCCGAUUGGGGAAACAAACUCAUGUCACUACCCGAAUCCAAAAACAUGACGAUUUUGAUAAUUGAAUCAUUUUCUCAAGCCGAAACCAAUAGAGAUUUUGCGAUUCCAUAUCCAACUUAUUUCCAUCCAUCUAGCGAUGACGAGGUGUUUCAAUGGCAGAACAAAUUAAGGAAAUUGAAAAGGCAAUACUUGUUCUCUUUCGCGGGUGCUCCAAGACCCAACAAUGAACAUUCUAUCCGGAGUCAGAUUAUUAAGCAGUGCCUUGAUUCUGGAAAAAAAUGCAAGUUUUUGAAUUGUGCUUCGGGCGAAAACAAGUGUGAUAACCCAACUUAUGUGAUAGAAAUCUUUCAAAGAUCCAAGUUUUGUUUGCAGCCUUCCGGUGAUACGUCUACUAGGCGAUCAACGUUUGAUUCGAUCUUGGCAGGGUGCAUUCCAGUUUUCUUUGAUUCUAGAUCCGCAUACCAGCAAUAUAUAUGGCAUUUACCCAAGAAUUAUUCAAAAUAUUCUGUGUUCAUACCAGAGGAUGAGAUUAAAGAUGGGAAAGUGAAUAUUGGGGAGACUUUGAGUCGGAUAUCGGAAGAAGAAGUGGCGGAGAUGAGGGAGGAGAUUGUGACGCUGAUUCCUAGAAUCAUAUAUGCAAAUCCAAUGUCAAGAUUGGAGACACUUGAAGAUGCAUUUGAUAUAGCAAUUGAGGGAGUUCUUGAGAGAGUAGAGAAAAUUAGGAAAGAGAUGGAGGGAGGGAAGAGUACUGAAUUUUGAAUUUGCUGCUGAGAAUGGUUCGAGGCAUUAUUUGAUCGGCACAUAAAAAAUCAAAUACAGAAUCGGACCCAAACAAAUAUGAAUUGUUUCUUACAGGAUUUUUUGGUUAGGAGAGAGAUUGUAUUUGGUUAUUGUUUUGAAAUGGGUUUUUUUGUAUAUUCCUGAUUAUGUGUACUUUAGCUUCUUUGUCUUUUUGGAUUUGAAAUGGGAUAAGCAACUUGAUUGUAUUUGAUUCUUCAUUAUUCUUGUACUAUUUGAGGAAAACCAAAAAAAAAA